AUGGAAGAGAUGAAUCAAAAAUGGGGAUUGCAAUGCUUAUAUGGUAAGGCUUGGCAAUUGAAGGAGUAUGCAGAGAGUCUUGUGUUCGGUCCCUCAGAAGAGUCAUUCCAACUCUUCCCUUCGUAUUUCCAUAUGUUGGAACGUGAAAAUCCUGAUAUUAUCACGGGGUGUCGCUACGGAUGGGAAACAAUGAUUCAAAUAUUAUUUCUAGGCGUUCAAGUCAUGUAUCCGGGGAUACGAAUGAGCAAAUAUAUCCAGUUGCAUUUGGCAUUGGCCCCCAUGGAAGACGAAGAGUCUUGGUCGUGGUUUCUUAACCAAUUGCAUAGUGUGAUUGGUUGUCCUGAAAAUGUAAUGUUCAUUUCUGAUCAGCAUCUUGGCAUUAAGAAUGCAGUUGAGAAAGUGUACAAGGAUGCUCAUCAAGGUCUAUGUAAUUACCACUUAGGGAAAAACGUUAAAAACAAGUUCAAGUGCGAAGAUGUUACUGUGAUUUUCACAUUGGCUGCCAACUGCUAUAAGGUCACCAAUUUUAACAGACAUAUGAAUCAACUGAAACUACUUUGCAAACCUGCUUAUGAUAGCCUUAUGAGAUUAGGCCCUAAGAAAUGGGCACGUGCACGGUCACUAGUAAGGCAAUACAAGCUAAUGACAUCUAACAUUGCAGAGUGUAUUAACCCCUGCUUGAGGCAUGCAAGAAAAUGCCAAUAA